CGGCAGACCGUCUCUCCAUCUGCCAUGCCUUCUGGUUCCAUUUUUGUCUUCCCAUUUCUUGUGGGACUAGCUUGUGCUAUAUAUGAGGACCAGAUUGGCAUUCUUGAUUGGAAUCAGCGGUUCCUUGGAAAGAUCUCAUUUGUUCAAUAUGAUUUCACAUCUGGCUUAUCUAACUACUUUUUGGGAUCACGACAGAACGUCAUCGCCUCAUUAUCAAGAAAAAACGGGUCAAUUGCCUGGAGACAAGUACUUGAGAGCGCCGAGACACUUAACCACUUCGUUCUAUGCAGCAAUGUUGUUUUUUCUGUUUCCUCAAGGCAUUCUCUGUUGCGCGCCUGGGACUCUGAUCUGGGAUUUCUUCUAUGGGAGAAAGCCUUUGAGUAUCCUGGUGAAAUAACUAGCUCGGAUAUUUUAUGUGACGGAAACCGUGUGUUUCUUGUUUAUCCAACGAAGCUGCUCUCUUUUCGAGUAAACGCAGGAGAGCGCAUCUCCGAAAUCGGUCUAAAACUGUGGCCAGAUAUUCCGCAGCGUGUGCGUGUGAUGAGUGCUAAAUCCCCUUCGGAUCAUAUCGUUGUGGUCGGUGCUUCUUUCUCUCCCUCCGGCUCAACAAAUUUAAUGGUUGCUGUUCUGGCGACUCCAAGCAGUAGUUCCGGAGAUGCUGUCAUAAAAAAUGUCCAAACCCACGCUCUUAAUUCCCAUGUUGAUAUUAUUAAGUGA